AUGGGGAAUAUUGGCAACGAAAAUGCAGUUCGGAGAACUGACACUCUGAAUGCUAGGACAAUCCCCGGAAGAGAGACUCGAAUAUCGAAGGAUUUGUUUGGUUCGCCACACAAGCAAGGCUACAUGGACGAGAUCAAUAUGAUCCGAAGAGCGGCGGGCAAGAUACCCCAUGUCUGUGUUGUCGGCGCUGGUGUUGCUGGACUGAGAUGUGCGGAUUUGCUGUUGAAGCAGGGGAUUAAGGUUACGGUACUGGAGGGGAGAAACAGGGUUGGUGGAAGGUUAUGCCAGAGCAAUGCACUAGGUCAUUUGGUUGACCUCGGCCCGAACUGGAUACACGGCACUGACGACAAUCCAAUUUUAGACCUCGCAAAAGAGACCAAGACUGUUAGUAUGAAUUGGGAUGGUCGUCAAUCAGUCUUCGACAGCCAGGGAAACCACGUGUCUGACAAAGACGCGGCGAAAAACACCGAAUAUGUCUGGACCAUCAUCGAGCAAGCAAUGAAGCUGUCGAACGAGAAAUCAGCGACUAUACCCGCGGAGAAGAGUUUAUAUGACUACUUUCGAGAGCAGGUUGUGGAGAUGUUCCCCAGUCAAGAUGUCGAAGCGAAGAAGCAACAACAAAUCAUCCUUCAAAUGGCGGAGAUGUGGGGUGCCUUUGUUGGCUCGCCCAUUCAGAGGCAAAGUCUGAAGUUUUUCUGGCUGGAAGAGUGUAUCGACGGCGAGAAUCUCUUCGUCGCAUCUACAUACGACAGGGUGCUGAAGAAGAUUGCUGAGCCAGCCCUGAAGGAUGCGACGAUGCUGUUUGAGCAUAGAGUGAAGCGGGUUAUAUCUGGAGAGGGGAAAGAAAACAUCAGUGUCACUGUCGAACUUGAAGGCCGGCAAAGUAUGACAUUCGAUGAAGUGAUCAUGACGGCCCCACUGGGCUGGCUAAAGCGUAAUCUUGAUGCUUUUGUCCCAGCAUUACCUACACGUCUGACAGAAGCUGUUGGAAGUCUCGGAUACGGUCAUCUCGACAAGGUCUAUAUCACAUUCCCGAGAGCCUUUUGGAACGAACCAACAACUAGCGAUCUAACAUCACCCUCAGCAUCUCGCGAUCUCAGCAAACCAAAUGUCACUGCAACAACGGCGCCCGUCCAUCAAGCGACAGACUCACCAGUCAACCCAGCACAUUACCCAGGCUUCACGCACUGGACACAUCCGACAUAUGCAUCUGAAACGAACCCAGAAGCCUGGAAUCAAGAAGCUGUAAACCUUGCUGCCCUCCCAGAAAGGACAGCGCACCCAACCCUCCUCUUCUACACAUUCGGACCAACAAGUCUGCACAUCGCCAAAAUCCUCGCAUCUAAUCUACCAGAAAAGCGCAAUGACAUCCUCACGUCCUUCUUCUUACCCUACUACUCCAGACUCCCCAACUACAAGUCAGACCAUAGCGACUGUGUUCCGCAAGCCGUGCUAGCAACAGCCUGGGCGAACGACGAACUCGCAGGCUAUGGUUCAUACUGUAAUUUCCAAAUCGGGCUUGAGAGGGGCGAUGAAGAUGUGGAGACGUUACGGAAGGGCAUGCCUGAACGAGGUAUUUGGCUGGCUGGUGAGCAUUGCGCGCCGUUUGUUGCGCUGGGGACCGUUACGGGGGCGUAUUGGAGUGGGGAGGGUGUCGCGAAACAGGUGCUCAAUGCGUAUGGACUGGGCGAGAAAGAGUAG